AUGGAACCACUCUAUCAGGCUGGGUCCAUUCUCAUGAAGGUGAAUACGUUGCAGGGGAAGAAGAUGGUGGAGAGUGGUCUCCAGUCUGGAGACUUUUCCCUCCCCCCGUCAUGGUCCUCUUGCCUCCUGCCGCCAGCUGACUUGGAGAUCCUGCAGCAGAAGGUGGCGAUGGUGCAGAGGGAGCUGGAGGACUUUAAGAAGGAAGCGUUGACGGCCAUCCAUUACCUGGAAGAUGCCUUCUGUGAGAUGAACGGGGCCCUGGCCCAGCAGGAGGAGCAGGCGGCCCGAGUGAAGCAGCGGCUGAGGGAGGAAGAGGACCGAGGCAUCGUGCGGAAUAAGGUCCUCACCUUCCUGCUGCCCCGUGAGAAGCAGCUCCGGGAGCAGUGCAAGCGGCUGGAGUGCAUGCUGCUGGGCAGGAGCCACGAGGCGCUGAGCUUCGCCAGGAAGAUCCAGGCAAACUGA